UAAGUACAAAAUAUUUUGUUUUUUUUUUUUUUGAAUUUGCGGGUAGCGCACGGAUUUUAGACUAAAAUGCGCUGGAAUUAUAAUAAUUACGAAAUUAAUUUAAAUAAUUAAGUAUGAAACUUUAACUUUUAGUUCGAGUGUUUUUAGCUUCGUAUAAUAUAGUUUAGUACUUUACGGAAAUAUACGAAUUGGGUAUAAUAUAAUAAAAUUUUAUUUAGCCUGUGCUUGACUGUAUUAUAAUGUAGUACUUAUAUACUAAAUUAUGGAAAAACAUGGUAAAUCGAAACAUAACAGUAGUGCUAUUAUAAAACAUACGCUAAAGUUUGAUCAAAUAGUGCAUACUUAUAUAAAAUUUUCCAUAAUGGAGUACGAUGGUUUUUAGAAGUUUGAAUCUCAGAAGUUUGCAUUCAAACUUUCCCAAAUUUUUUUGUCGUCAAAAAUACAAUUUGUCAGUACGAUUUGAAAAUAUUGAAAAAAAAUUUCUGAAUACGAAUUUUUAUAUUUUUUUAAUAAUACAAGAUUUUAAAGCUAAAUUCACGAGGGUUGGGCCCGAAUAAUAGUGUAUUUAAUAGUUAACACUCUAUCUCUAUUAUUAAUAGCGCACGUUUGAAUAAAUUUAAGAAUUUAUGUCUAGCUUAAAUAAAGUUUGAAAAUUGUAUUCUUGAAAAAUAUGCAAAUUGGUUUUUUUUUUAAAUUCAAGGAGAGUAAAUUUUAUACCCUGAGACGAGAAUAUAGUUAUUGAGUAAGCUCAUUUAUACAAUAUUAUUGACAAGUGUAACAUAUAUUAAAGAAAUCAAUUCACGUGCGAAACAUUAAAAUUUUGUUUUACUUCAGACAUAUAAUGUACAUAUGUAUCUACAUAUAAGAAAAUAAUGGCAAGUAAACCUGAGUUUGAUGUUCAAAGCUCACUUGAUUGAAAAUGUAAAGUUUAGAAGGAAGUCGAUAUUACUUAAACAGGCUGGUGCUAGUUAUACAAAGUUUGACAGCCGCGUACUAACGUGCGUCAUUUUUAUGCGAAUUUUGUUGUACUGAAUGUCAUUAUAGUUAAAUAAAAAUUUUUCUUGCUUUAGGAUUUAUUGUUUUAAAUCAAUGAUUUUUAUUAAAUUUUCUUUUCUAUGUUUUUUAAUGUAAUUUUAAAUACAUACAUACAUAUUUAGAAUUUUACAUAAUUAUGUAUGGAUGGGAAAUAUAUGUAUCUUGAUUGAAAAAUUGUUUGAUUAGAUAUUUUUUAAUUUUAUUUAUAAUUAUGUAUGCGUAAAUGAGUGACUCGCGUAAAUUUAUUAAUAUACGAUAUUCAAUAAAAUUGAAUUGAUAGUAUGCAAUAGUACUGCAAUAUUCAUAUUCAAUUCUAUAAAUUUAAGGUUGCAAUGUAAAAUACCCUCAUGAUAACACUGUGCAAUGCGCGCAAAAUCAUAACAACUUGUUUUUAUGCUCUUAUUUAAGAUCAUUCGCUCUUCUAUUUUCCUUCUUUAACUUCGCGAUAAACCACAUUUGAUAUACAUUUCAUUUUUGUGUAAUUCAGUCAUAAUAAAAAUUUCAAUAACCGUGGAAGUCACAGUUUCGUUUGAUAAUUAUUAUAAUUAAAAAAAUCGAAACGAUGAUUUAAUAUCAAAAUAUCAAUAAGUGGAUGGAGAAGAAACAAAACAAGAUUGCUAAAAAACUUAAGUAAGAUGAGAUGAGGUUAUAUAAUCAUCAUUAAUCAAUCAAUACUAUUCUGUUGGUUUCAUUGCAAUUCCGAAAAGUUGUUUUUAAAAACAAAAGUUGAAAUUAUAUACACACAUAAUAUGUACACACAUUUGCUCAUAUGAGAACAAAUGAACAUCACUAAAGCGUUCGCUGUAUAUAUUCAAAAUAAAGUUAAUUAAAAUAUCACUUACACAUUCAUAGAAACGUUUUUGUAGCUGAAUUGGAAAAAGCAAAUUCAAAUAUAAAUAUGAAUAAAAUUCGAUCGUUUUUUCCGAAUGCAAGCGCAAAUUUAGUAUUAAAUCGUAAUUCAGCGAAUUUAGAACCAGAGCUUGGAUUUCAAUUAUUAAUUGAUUUAUCACCAAAUAGCGAUGGCACAAACCAAGCCCAAAGUCAGCGAAAAAUUCAGCCACAGUUGAAUGUUAAUUUAAUAGGUGCGCGACAUCUACCAACACUUUUUGGACUUAAAUCUGUGCAAGGUUAUGUUGUGAAGGUAAAAUUAUUUCCAGGGACUACUAAGUAUGACAGUUGUAUUCAAACGAAUUCGUGGCCAAAAUUUAAUGAAAACUUUAAAUUUUCCCUGGAACCUGAUAGAAAGUCUUCUUUUAAAAACAGUCCAAUAAAAUCCACUUCCGACAGUUCUAGCAAUGAAAUUGAUAAAUUUUUCCAUGGACAAUUUGUUGUAUUAACAGUUUAUGCACUAUUGGAACUACCGCCUGCUAAUUUCAACCGAUUAAAUAAAACCUAUAGAUCUCUCAAGGAGCGAAGUGCUUCAAUUGUUCAAAGAAUUGCUGAACAAAAUUCGAAUUCUUCCGCUAAAAAUCCUAAGACAAAAGAAACAAAUGUGAAAGAGCAAAAUGAUUCAAAAAAUAAAGAAAAAGAUAAUGAAAAGGAAGAGUCUAAAAUGGCAAAAAGUGAAGCAAAAAGAAAUAUAGGAACCGUAACAUGCUAUUUAGAAUCAAAAAUUUUUAAAAAAAACUCUAGAAAUAAUAAUCAGUAUUUGACCGAUGAAUUUUGGUAUGCCAUUAAAGAUUUAACAGUAUCACAGAUUCCAGCUGCACAACCUAAACCAACGUUAAGUAUGAAUGCAGGAAAAGGCCAGUUGGAAAUCACUAUAGAAUAUUGCGAUUUAGAAAGUACUGAAAUACCACCACCAUCACCAGUUGAAAAUUCAAAAACCAAAGAUAAAAGAAAUUCCUCGGAAUUGGAGACGACCACUGAUUCAACUGUCAGUUUAUCUAAAAAACCAUGGAUAUCGGAUAUAAAGAGAAAACUUUCAGUUCGAAAAUCAAAACCAACAAUAAAAGGUUACAUUCUUAAAGUAACUACAACGAAAUUUCGUUGUUCGAUUAAAGUAAAAGAUGAAUUUGAAUCAGCUGGUCAACAAAUUUAUAUUAAAACUAUUGUUUAUGAUGGUGAUAUACCAUUAUGCUCAUGGAAAAGUAAUCAUUUUGCACCAUCAUUAUCAUCACGUUGGGAUCCAAAAUUUACUAGAUUAGAAGUGCCAUUUCCAAACAUUAGCUGUUUAAAUCGAAUGCGAAUCAAAUCUCAGAUAGCAACUAAAGGAAAAGUUGGUAGAAAAAUUAUAUUAGCAAGUAUGGUAUACAAUUUAAGUGAUGAAAUUCUUAUAAAACCAAAUAAACCUAUUGUUGCGUGGCAUAAUUUGCAAUAAAUUUUAUAUAAAAUAAAAUUUAAAAUAAUUUUAAGUUUUUGUUAUGUUUUUUAUAUUAUUGCAUAUAAAUUACCAAUGCAUUAAAAAAUUUUAUACUUAAUAUUUAAUUUUAUUUAAAUAAAAAUUUAUUCUUACAUUCAAUUGUGAA